UCUUAAAAAAAAAAAAAAAAAAAAAUAAUAACAAUAGCAGAUUAUAUUACAUAUUUAAAUAUUUGUUCUUUUAUAUACAAAUAUAUAUAAAUAUAUCUCUUUUUGUAAUGAAUAACUGGCUUAGUCGAUGCUUGACCUCACAUUUAUUAACUUAUAUUGCUAUUCUAUUUCUUAUAGCAAUAGGGCCUGUAUUGAUUGCAAUAGAUUUGGUCUUUUUAAAAGAUUGGGUUAAGGAAUUGAAAAUGGGAGAUUUCUAUACUUAUUUAAUAUUUAUGGGUAUCAUUAGUGUUUGGAGUAUAUAUGGACUUAUUGUUAAUUCAAUGAGAAAUUUUGGAGGAUUCACAGUUUAUAUGAUUGGACUUGUUAUCGUUCUAUGUAUUCACUUUGUUAUUGGACUUGUUCAUCUACUUUUACUAUUUAUCUCUUAUAGACCUAUUCUAAUGGACAGUUGUCUACAACGAGAUUCAUCUCGACUCUUUUGGUGGUCCUUGGGAUAUGAAGAUACAUCUGAAAUGAAGCAAAUCUAUAUCCACUGUUCAAAUCAAUGGAAACGUUUUGCAACUGAAAGAUUAACUUCAUGGGUUAUUUAUAGUCUAUUUUCUCUUCUUUGUUUACUCGUUAUUAUUACUUAUCAACGUAAAUUAACACAUCAAAAUACAAAAGAUCUCUUUAAAGAUGAAUGGUCUGAUGAAGAUGAGUCUGUAAGAAGAGAUAAAAGAGUCUCUUCUAUUACUUAUCAUAAAGUUGAUUUCCCUUUACCAAAAGAUGACGACAACGACAACGACGACAGCAAUGAGAAACAAGAAAUCUCAAGUGCCAUGUAUCAACAACGUCAAAGACUAUUUGAUGAAAUUGCAAAACGUAAACGUGCUAAGAAAAAUUUAGAUAAUCGAAAAUCAAUGCUUUCCUCUGCUUCAAAUCGAAACUCAGUUCUAGUCAUUCAUCCAUUGGAUUUAUCUCAGUCACAUCUAUCAACAGAUUUUGUUGGAGGCACCACAUAUCAGCCACCUCCUAUGCCACCUCCUCCUUUACAUAAUCAAAGUGAUGAUGUAGUCAUGUCUUGGAAUCGAUAUCAUGACGAUGAGGCCCUUAGGAUGAAUGAAGAGAACAUUGAACGACAAAGAAGAUUACAGGCAUUAUCAACAGAACGUAUAGAAUACGAAAUGUAUCGAACCGAUGAAGCAAAUCAUCCUCAUAAAGCAACAACAUGUCAUAGUGACGAUGAACUUGUUGUUACUCAGACAAAGGAAAAUAAGAGUUCGCAUAGAAAGAGACCUAAACUAGGUCGUUGGUCUACUGUCUAUUCUGAUAAUCCUUCCAUUUAUAAACCUUUAAUUGAACAAGAAAAAGAUGAAGAGCAUGAGCAUUUAAUGAAUUCUACUAAUUAAAAGAAUAAAUAUUUGUAUAUAUUUUGUUUAUAAAUUUUAAAAAUUAUUUUUCAUUUCUCUUAAAGUAUGUAAUACUUCAACAGGAUCUGAUUUUCCUGCUACAAUUUGUAAUGAAUGUUCAUUAACUCUAAGGAAAGGAUUAUACAUCUUUUCUUGU